AUGAAUGACAAUAAUUAUUUAAAUAAUGAACAAUUAAAACGAAUUAUUCAAGAUCUUAAAACUGUUAUUUAUUUGCUUGAAGGUAUACAAAUAAAACCAAUAGAAUUAAUAAAUCAAACAAAUAAUGAAGAAAUGAUAUCAAAUGAUAAUAAUUCAUCUAAUAUAACAAGUUAUCAUCGUUUUGAUGAUCAAAUAAAAGAAUCUAUUGAUGAAAUUCUUGUAUAUGAUACAGGAAAAUUACAGAAUAAUGAAGAUGAAAUGAAAGAAAAUAUUUUAGAUAUUGAUGAUUAUGAUAAAAAAAUUUUACGUGAACAAACAAAUUGUCUUAUGAAAGAACUUCAUAUAGCUAUACAAGGUAAAAAACAAGAAUGGAAUGAACGGGAACAACGUUUAUUAGGACAUAUAGAUAAUAAUAAUGAUGAUAAAAUUCAAGAAGAAAACAAACAAUCUAUUGAUAAUCAAUCAUUUGAAAAAGUAUCUUCAACAAUAAAUACAAUAUCAAUGUUAGAUGAACUUAAACAUUCAUUUGUAUUAAAUAAACAAAAACUAAAUAUUCAUGAAGAUGUAUUUGGAGAAGAUGAAGAAGAACAUUUCGAUGAUGAUGAUGAUGAUGAUGAGUAA